ACUAAAGACAGUUGAAGACAAACACAGAUUAAAGGGUGUGUUGCAGCUGGUGUUGCAUAAACACUCCACACGAUGGCGACAAAGACUUUAAAGAAAUGUGACAUGUCCUCGAAGUUCACUUUGCCAAGUCACUCUUCAAGGUGAGUUUUAAUAGUGUGGCAGCACAGCUGUCAUCUUUGUUGAGUUACAGCUGAAUAUGCAAUGAUUCUAGUGUUGAUCCAAAGUAAUAUCAGAGGAAAAAGUGGCUUACCAGUAAAGCACACUAAAGUGAACUUAUUUGUUUUCGCAUACGCGGAUGUCACACUUCUUUCAUUAGUCUUCCUGUAGUUCACACCAGGUCGUGCAGUGUGUUGCAUCUCAAACUGUAAGAGUGAAAACACACCCAGACUGCAACGGUUACUGCCGGGUUGUAUGAGGGCUACAAGCUGCACUUACUUCCACAAUAUCUUAGUUUAAUUAGUGUGCUUAUAGCAGGAACCUUUAUGUCAAAGUAGCCUGGUCUAUUCAACCUACUUUAUCAAUGCUACUGCUGGUUUUAAAAUGACUGUAAGAGCUAAUUUCAAGUUGGAAACUCCUUUUUGAUAGUUUAAGGCAAUGUCUUGACUGUGGGAUGUGUCCUUAUAUUUUACAGGAGAAUAAUUUAUUUGUGGUACAUUCUCCAUAAAUAGGCUAACAAAAGUUGACUGUCCACAUUUCUAAAGAUUCAUAAUAUUUUUUCUAUUGACUAUUUAUUUUUUUCAAUUGUCCAUUACGCGCGCGUUCCUCUGGGUGGACUUCAUUACUUCAUCGCGCGCCUGAAGGUCCGCUCCCAAAGCCUUCCGGACGAGGCGGCGCGCUCACUUCUCACUUCUCACUUGCUCGCGCAGUAGAGCUCGCGGCUUUUUACUCUCCUCCGUGCGCCCCACGAGGCACCGACCGGACACCUCUGUGACACUCACCUUUGGGACACCAACCAGGAUAACCCGGGAUAACGACGUGUUUAGUGUCGGUGGCGAUGGUGAUUGACAGAUGAUCUGACAGAGGAAGACAUCAGUUCUCUUUAGUUCAGUGACCCACUGUAUGCUGUCGAUGUGCUGCUUUCACUUUCUAACAGCUUCAAGUCUCACGACGCCGUCUCCGUGCUGGUUAUUAUGGGGUGUGCCUGUUGCAAGCAGAAGAAGUCUGCCAAAGAAGCAGCAGCAGCAUCAGCAGCAGUAAACAUUACAGACCUGUCUCCUAGCAACGCAGAUGGAGGCUUAUCCGCGGCCUUGACUUCGGGCCGUUACUGUCCCGACCCCACUCAGACCAUCCCAGACUUCAACAAGGGCUUCUCAUCCGGCACCCUCUUCCCCAACACCAACGCACACCAGCGGCCUGGAAUUAUAACAAGUGGUGGAGUCACUCUCUUUAUAGCUCUGUACGACUACGAAGCUCGCACUGAAGAUGACCUCACUUUUCAGAAAGGAGAGAAAUUCCAGAUCAUCAACAACACAGAGGGCGACUGGUGGGAGGCUCGCUCUUUGGACACAGGCCACUCCGGUUACAUCCCCUCCAACUACGUAGCUCCUGUCGACUCCAUACAGGCCGAAGAGUGGUAUUUUGGGAAGAUGGGGAGGAAGGAUGCGGAGAGACAACUGCUGGGCCACGGCAACCAGAGGGGAACUUUCCUCAUACGAGAGAGCGAGACCACCAAAGGUGCUUACUCUCUGUCUAUCCGUGACUGGGACGACAACAAGGGAGACCACGUCAAGCAUUACAAGAUCCGCAAACUAGACAACGGUGGCUACUACAUCACCACGAGAUCACAGUUUGACACUGUGCAGGAGCUGGUAGAGCACUACACAGAGAGAGCAGCGGGACUGUGCUGCCGUUUGAUUGGCAGUUGUAAGCGGGGCAUGCCUAAGCUGGCCGACUUAUCGGUGAAGACCAAGGAUAUGUGGGAGAUUCCCCGCGAAUCCCUCCAGCUGAUUAAAAAACUGGGCAACGGCCAGUUUGGAGAAGUCUGGAUGGGCAUGUGGAACGGUACCACUAAGGUGGCGGUGAAGACUCUGAAGCCAGGAACCAUGUCCCCCGAGGCCUUCCUGGAGGAGGCUCAGAUCAUGAAGCGGCUCCGCCACGACAAGCUGGUGCAGCUCUACGCCGUCGUGUCUGAGGAGCCCAUCUACAUUAUCACCGAGUUCAUGAGUCAAGGAAGUUUGUUGGACUUCUUAAAAGACGGGGAGGGGCAGAGUCUUAAACUGCCUCAACUGGUGGACAUGGCUGCACAGAUUGCAUCUGGAAUGGCGUACAUUGAGAGGAUGAACUACAUCCAUCGUGACCUGCGAGCAGCUAACAUCCUCGUUGGAGAGAAUCUGGUGUGCAAGAUCGCUGACUUUGGCCUGGCCAGGCUCAUCGAAGACAACGAGUACACAGCCAGACAAGGGGCGAAGUUCCCCAUCAAGUGGACGGCUCCAGAAGCUGCAUUGUAUGGACGCUUUACCAUCAAGUCAGAUGUCUGGAGCUUUGGCAUCCUUCUAACUGAACUCAUCACAAAGGGACGUGUGCCAUACCCAGGCAUGAACAACCGUGAGGUGUUGGAGCAGGUGGAGCGGGGCUACAGGAUGCCCUGCGCCCCGGGCAGCCCCGCCUCGCUCCAUGAACUGAUGGUGCAGUGCUGGAGGCGCGAGGCCGACGAGAGGCACACCUUUGAGUACCUGCAGUCCUUCCUGGAGGAUUACUUCACGGCCACGGAGCCGCAGUACCAGCCCGGAGAAAACCUGUGACCACACACACACAACGUGCCGGACAGAUGUGGAGCAAUAAAUGGACAGACGUGGAUGUAUACAUGCAGAUACACUGAUGUUGCCUUCAUUGUAUUUGUACUGUACAUGCACAAACAAACAUAUUAAGAUACAUAUCAUUGCCUUGUUUCAUUGUUUAAAGACAGUUUCCUCCUCUUGGUUAUUGAUCAGUGCAGCCCAUUCAGGACAGAUCAGUCAACCAUGUUGAAGAGCAGAGUCAGAGCUCUGCUGAUCAGGCCUUGCAGUAAUGUUGCUUUACUCUGUAACCAUGACAACAAGGAACUGAAAGAAGAUGUAGAUGGUUGUGUUGAGGUGGGGGGAAGUCGAGUUGGUACAUGAUUUGUUCAGCUGCCAUAUAUGUUCAGGCCCUUUUGAUUUCUCCUUCUGAGAAGAGCGAUUUCGUAGAGCGACUGAGAUAAAUACGUUGAUACAGAAACGAUAGAAGAUGCAACAGGUUUCAGGAAAUGAACCUGGUGAACCUGCGUGGUAGAUACACAGAGACUGUAAGGUUUAAUAAGAUGCCUCCUCUUACAAUAAUCUUACAAACAUAUACAAAGGCGGUUGAACUGAUCCAUGAUCCUGAACUGAUUUCAAACUAGCACCAACGUGUGCCUUAAAGUGGUCAAAUUAAGGGCUGUUAUAGAUUUUAAAUACUGUGUUAGUAACGUCUGAGAGGAGAGAUGGUAAGGAAUGCUCUUUGAUUGUCUGAUAAUGUGUAUGACAAUUUUUGUAUGAACUGUCUCUAUUUGCUGUUUUAAUUUAACUCCGAUAUAUCUAUGCAUCACAAAGACUUCUAUAUCUACUUAACAUGUAUACAGUUUCCAUCCAUUGGGAGGGCAAAUGUUACACAUAAAGGGGAAAGAUCAAUGUCAGUGGAAGGAUAGUGCUUUGUUUUUUUGACAAGAGUGUAACCUUUUAUGUGAUUUUAUGAGAUUCCCUUGUCAUGCUAUUGUAAUAAAAAUCUAAAAGAAAAUAUACAUCUUUCGCAGGUUAA